UAAAACCACAGUAAUACUCGUGCAGGGAUAAUUUUCAGGUGUCUUUUUAGGGUGUUGCUUGUUUAUUCUGUGACAAAUCUGAAUUUUUAUUUUGUUUUUCUCGUCGUGUGAAUAUUUCUGCUCCGCACAAACGAUGUCAUUUGAUUUUUAUUGCACGCAUGCGCUCAUGUCACAAUAUAUACUCCUUCUGAGUAGCGUAUAGUGAUGUAAAAGACAAAGGACACCUCAGUGUUAAUAAUGAGCCUGUAGUAGAUUAUUAGUAGAUGUGUCACAGGCUAAGUGCAUGUCUAAAUAAAUAGGCUCAGAGGAGCAGAGGCGCGCUGAGGGGUUGAGUAAACAGAGGAGACGGAAGGGGACAUCGAGAUAGAGAGCCGUGACACGGGCGGGCCGGCCGACCAAUCAGCGACAGGCUUGGACCUCAGGCACCUGCAGCCUUUAUAAUCUCCUGUCGCCGUCGCCCCAGACAGUGUGUCGGUCAGACCGUCUGCGUGUUGUCGCUUGCCGCUACACAACAGUAGCCGCGCGCUCAGAGCCAGUCUGUCAGGAGCAGAGAGGGACCUGCAGCCAUGACGCACCCCCGGACUCUCAGUGUAGAUUAUGACAGGAUCGCAAAGGUUGUGUGCGUGGUCGGUUCGGAGCUCAAUGUGAACCUGAGCAGGAGUGCCCCUCCCAGGUCCAAGUUCUUCUCUGUGAAGUGCACUCCCAAUGUUCGGUACAGCAUCAGCCCACAGCCCCGGGAGACGUCCCACUUCUCUCCCAUCCCUCUCAGUGGAAGCCCAGUGCUGCUCAUCAGCAUGAGCCAGGCCAGCCAGACUGAAAACGAUAACAAGCUGUCUGUCAGGUACUAUGAUGAGAAAAAAACAGCGUUGGGCACAGCAAUCCUGCAUCUGACAGCUGUUGAGAUCUCUCUGGAUGUGGAUGCUGACAGAGACGGCGUGGUGGAGAAAAACAACCCUAACAAGGGAUCGUGGAAAUGGGGUUCUGAUGGGCACGGAGCCGUCCUGCUGGUCAACUGUGACUCAGAGCAAACCUACGGGAAGAAGCUAGACCACGACCAGCGCUUUGUGGCCAGAGUUUCAGAUCUGAAGGACAUGUCCGUCAUGGUGCUGCGGACCAAAGGACCUGCCAAACUCCCAGAGGGCUACAAGCUCACCAUGCACAUCUCUCAGAGCGACGCGGAGAGUGUCAGGGUCUUCAGGUCCAGAGAAACUGAGAAUACCAGCCUGGCGGGGAGACUCCUGAGCGUCUUCGUGAAGGACUACCCGAUGGUUCUGAGCGCUGAGGUCCUGUCCAGCGAGGUGCCUUACCUCGGAGGCGACGCGGAGAUGAAGUUUUACGUGGAGGGCCUCCGUUUCCCCGACAGAGACUUCAAUGGGCUCGUCAGCAUCAACCUCAGUCUGCUGGAGCCCAUCAACACAGCUCUCCCUGAGACGCCUAUUUUCACCGACAAAGUCGUCUUCAGAGUGGCACCGUGGAUCAUGACCCCGAACACCCUCAAGCCCAUAGAGGUGUUUGUCUGCAGCACAAAGGACAACUAUCAGUUCCUGAAAGGCAUGAGGAACCUCGUCACAAAGAGCGGGUACAAGCUGAAGAUUUGCCACGAGUACAUGAACAGAGGAGAUCGCUGGAUGCAGGAUGAGCUGGAGUUUGGUUACAUCGACUCACCGCAUCAGCGCUUUCCUGUCGUUCUGGAUUCCCCUCGAGAUGGAAAACUGUUGGACUUUCCAUAUGAAGAGCUACUGGGUCCCGACUUCGGCUAUGUGACGAGGGUGGCUGAGAGAAAAGAUGUGAGCAGCCUGGACUCAUUUGGUAAUCUGGAGGUUAGUCCUCCCGUCACUGUGAACGGAAAAAAUUACCCCCUGGGCAGGAUCCUCAUCGGAGUGGCCUUCCCCACGGCAACUAAAGGACGGAACAUGACCAAAGUAGUUCAGGACUUCUUGUGGGCUCAGAAGGUUCAGGAGCCUGUUGCCUUGUUUUCUGACUGGCUCUUCGUCGGCCACAUAGAUGAAUUCAUGACUUUUGUUCCUGCGCCUGACAGAAAGGGCUUCCGGCUGCUGCUGGCCAGCCCAGACGCAGGCUAUAAACUGUUCAGAGGCCUGCAGAGGGAUGGACACGGACAAGCCAAGCUGUUUGAGGGUGUGGAAGAUGAAGAACCAAUUACAGUGGACGAGAUAGUCGAUAAUGAGAAUCUCCGAGCUCAUAAUAGCUACGUGCAGCACUGCGUCGACUGGAACAGGGACGUCCUGAAGAGAGAGCUGGCCCUGGAUGAUGAGGACAUCAUCGACCUGCCAAUCCUCUUCAAGCUAAUUACGGGGGGGGAUGAGGAAGAGUACAGAGCCGUGGCUUACUACCCUGACAUGGUGAACAUGAUUGUUUUGGGGAAAAACCUGGGCAUCCCCAAGCCCUACGGCCCCAAGGUGAACGGAAGAUGCGCCCUGGAGACGGAGAUGCGCUCCCUGUUGGAGGGCCUGGGCCUCAGCUGCACGUUCAUUGAUGACUUCGCCUCUUACCACAAGCUGCUGGGAGAGGUGCACUGUGGCUCCAAUGUCCGCAGGGAACCGUUUGACUACAAGUGGUGGAACCUGGAGAUGUGAACCAACACUUGACAGCAGAUGGAGAUGGUUCACAGGCGCCGAUCGACUGAAAAAAAGAGCACCCUUAGUUAGCUUUGGCUGGGAAGACAAGAGGCCUUACAUUAUUUUCUGUCUUAAAAUCACAAAACAACACAUUUUUUCCAAGCAAUCACUUUUUCAGUAUGUUCCACUUUCUUUCUGAGUAACACGUGCCUCAUUUUCCGACGACAAUACUUGCACAGUAACCGUCAGCAUUUAUGCAGGAUGAACGACCACAGAGGUCCGAUCUACCGUAUGCAUCUUCAUCUUUAUUAAACAUUUUCGUUGGCUUUAUUUACAAAAAAAGGAUGAAAAGCAAUAUUUACAAACAAGGUCUUUUGAACAAGGGCUUAAGCAGACAAGAACCCAAAUACGAGAAAUACAAUCAUUUGAAUUGAGCACAUAGAGGAUUCACUCCCAAUCAUGUUGUGGUUCGGGCCGGCUGUCGGCCCACAGUGCAAGCACAGCGAGAUGAAUGGUACCACAUAGUGAUGUGCUAUAAUAAUACAGAGCCACGAGAGGGCGCACUUCAUCUACUCAAGCAUUUCCAAAGUUCAGAGGAAAAUCAUUUGAAAUCAUCUCUUUUCAUAAAGGCUGUAAUACACAAACGUGUACUUGUUACAGAAAGUCUGUAUAUUUUGUUUCUAAUGCCAUUUUUUUUUGUGUAGAGUCAAAUGCAAACUGUUACUUUGUCCAGUGUUUUGUAGCUACUAACAGCUUGAUGAAUACAGUUUGUAGGCAGUUUUGCAUUUGGUCUGGUGUCUUAAAACUUUUCUACUUUCAUAAAACGUUUCAUAUAAAUGCUGUCUUUAAUUCACUACAGACAAUAAACCGCAUGUCUGCUUCGGUCAUAUAACCGAAAUAAAACAACUCAGCUCAAA